GGAACACGAGAACAAGACCAAAAUGGAUGGGAUGGAGAUGGAGAAUGGAAAAAAAGAGAAUGGGUCGAGAAAAAGAGUUGAGAUAAUGAUGAGAGUGCUGGCUUUGGUCCUAACAAUGGUAGCUGCGACAGUACUUGGUGUCGCAAAACAAACAGAGGUUGUACCGAUAAAGCUUAUUCCUACUUUGCCUCCUCUUAAUGUCGCUACAACCGCCAAAGCCUCUUACUUGUCUGCUUUUGUGUACAACAUUUGUGCAAACGCGAUAGCUUGCGGUUACACAGCGAUCUCGAUAGUGAUUGUAAUAAUCAGCAAAAGCAGAAGAAGCAAAUGUUUGUUAGUGGCAGUAUUGAUAGGAGAUCUUAUGAUGGUGGCGUUACUAUGUUCCAGCACCGGAGCCGCCGGAGCAAUCGGACUAAUGGGUAGGCAUGGGAACAAACAUGUUAUGUGGAAGAAAGUUUGUGGAGUGUUUGGCAAAUUCUGUAACCAAGCUGCUGUUUCUGUUGCUAUCACUCUUAUUGCUUCAGUUGUGUUUAUGCUUCUUGUUGUUCUUGAUGCUUUGAAGCUUCCUUAAUUUCUUAAGUAAACCCUUUUAACCAGA